AUGCCUCAGGAAUUUCUGGUUUUCUUCUCUAUGGAUGAUAUCCCUACCUUGUUUAAGAAAGAUACAAUGAUUUGGUGUGGUGAUAUUUCUGGUAAAUUCUCAGUUGCUUCUGCAGUAGAGAAAAUUAGGAUAAAAUACCCUAAACUUUACUGGUACAAGAAGAUAUGGGCUCCAUGUGUUCAUCCUGUUACAGCUAGCAAUAUAUGGAAAAUCACAAGAAAUAUUGGUGCUACUGAUGAAAACUUUAAUAAGAGAGGUUUCAAACAUGUCUCAAGAUGCUAUAUUUGUCAUGAAGACCAAAAUUUUAUGGAUCACAUCAUGUGGAACUGCAAAUUUGGUCAACUGCUCUGGAGCUGGUUGGGAGGUAUCUUUUUAUUCCUCAAUCCUCUUUCUUCUGAUGACAAUCUAUCUCGUACUAAAAAUAAAAGCUCUGUUAUACAAGAACUGUUAAUUUCUAGCUUAUGCACAAUGGUUGAGAUAUGGUUUACUAGAAAUAAAAUGUUCUUUGAGGAAGAUAUACACAAUGUUGAACAAUCCAAGCAAAGAAUAUUACAAUACACUAGGGACUGUAGAUUCAGAAUUAAGGGUACUAUGUGGCAUUCCUCUUAUGAUAGUCACAUUCUGCAAGUCUUCAACAUUGGUGUCAGACCUGUCAAGACUUUCAGAGUCAUUGAAUGCUUCUUUCUGCUGUCAAAAAAUCAUAUACUAUUAUCUUGUUGUGAUGGAGCAGCAAAAGACAAUCCUGGAAUGGCUGGCUAUGGUUUUAUAGCUAGGAAUUCAAAUAGUGACUUUGUUGUUGCUAAACCUGGUGGGUUAGGAGUAGCUACUAAUUUCAUUACAGAGAUAGUCGCAGUUAUACGAGCUAUGGAAUGGGCUAUUGUUAACCAGAAAUGGGAUAUCAUUAUUCAAACUGAUUCCCGGUGCACCAUUGAUGUUUUUAUGAAGGAGAAGAUACCCCGGGCUUUCUGGUCAAGAUGGUAUAGAAUAAAGACUUGUCUACACAACAUUCACUUCAGACAUGUAUAUAGAGAGAUCAAUUUCUCUGCAGACUGUUUUGCUAAAAGAGGUGCUUGCAUGGAGAUGGGGCAGAUUCGAAGCUACAACAAUAAACAUGUCUUUCUACAUGGUAUGGAAAUGCCGGAUAUGGAUUAUUAUAGAUUUUGUUUUAAAUAA